AUGAAAAAGCUAAGCAGUUUUUCUAGUGGAAAGUAUCAACAGAUAUUUGUUAAAGAUGAAAAUUUUCUGAAAACAUAUAAUUCAUGGAAGUCAGGAGAUGAUGUUGAGAUAGAAUGUGUACGAAACAUAGCAACUGAACAUUAUAUAGAGUCAAUGGUUGAUACGAAUAUGGUGACUGAAAAUCUACAGUCAUCUACCUGUAGCAGUACAAAUGACCAGCAAGAGUGUUAUAUCAACAAACCUAAAAAUGCAGGGUGGACUGACUUGUUGAAGUGUGGUACUUUGUCACCGUCGAGGGGAUCAGAUUUGAAACCAGUCAUGGAAAUGAUGUUUGGACAUGCCUCGUUUCAACCAAAGCAAGAACAAGCUUUAGACUUAAUUCUCGCUGGAAAAACUGUUUUUGUAUCAUUGCCAACCUCAGGAGGAAAGUCACUUCUUUAUAUGCUACCAUCAAUCAUAUCCAGGAGCUUAACAGUCGUAGUUGUGCCUUUAAAAUCUCUCAUGGAAGACCAGUUUGCUAGAUGCCAAGAAUUGGGACUUCCCGCUGCUAUCCUGCAUGGUGAUGUAUCAUAUUGCGAUAGGGAAAAGGUGUAUGCAGAAUUGAAACAACCAAAUUCUGAAAUUAGACUGCUGUACAUAACUGCUGAAUUCCUAUCCAAUACACCAUCUCUCAUGGAACUUCUUGUUCAACUUCAUGCAACUAACAGUUUAAGGCAAUUUGUAGUUGAUGAAGCCCACUGUGUAAGUCAGUGGGGUCAUGACUUUCGACCAGCUUACAAGUUUUUGAAAUCCUUACACACUAAAUUUCCAAAAGUUCCAUUCUUAUUGUUGAGUGCAUCAGCUACAAUAUGUGUUAGAGAAGAUGUUUGUAAGAUGAUAGGCCUAUCAAGUGUAGCCAUCCUACAGUCCUCUUGUGUAAGGAGUAAUCUUCAAUAUCAAGUGCAUGAAAAAGGAAAGAAAACAAUUGACGAAAUUGCAAAAGACCUUUCAACUGCAGAUUGUGGAUUAGUUUAUUGCAACACCAGAGCAGAGACGGAAGUCGUGGCAGCAAAACUACAAACAGCAAACAUUAAGUGUAAAGCGUAUCACGGGGGAUUGUCAGCUGGACUGAAGAAGAAAUUACAGUCAUUGUGGAUAGAUGGAUCUUUAUCAACAUUGGUGUGUACUACAGCGUUUGGCAUGGGAAUAGACAAGGCAAAUGUGAGGGUAAUAAUACAUUAUUCUUUGCCAGCGUCAAUUGAAGAAUACUAUCAAGAAAGUGGAAGAGGAGGCCGAAAUGGUUGUGCAUGCAAAUGUGUUAUAUAUUUUUCUCGAAAUGAUAAACCUUUUCAUUUACGUGGGAUUUACGAUUACUGUUUAAUGCAAAACAUCCCAAUUCAUUUGAAUUCCAGGAUGCUUACGUUUCAAAAAGUUGUCAAAUAUUGUAUGCAGCUUGGUGGGUGUAGAUGGCAAACUAUUGCAAACCAUUUUGGUGAGGAAAUGUUACCCUGUUCUGCAUGCGAUUUGUGUCAGAAAAAGCAAACACACAAUGUUGCUGACAUGACCAAUAAUGCAAUUACAGCAAUUAAGUGUCUUCAAAAACUGAAAAGUUCUGGCAAAAGCAACUUUACUUUGAAGUAUUUAGCAAAUGUUUUAACAGGUAAAAAGCAGAAAGAUCUUAUCUCCAAUCAACAUCAUCUUAUUCCAGAGUAUGGUCAAAUUAAAUUAACUGUGGGGCGAUGUGAAAGUCUCUUGCAGAAUCUUGUAGUUGAAGACAUCUUGAGGGAAGUUCCUCCAAGGAAAGGUUCUAAGAACAGAAACGCACUGUACAUAGACUUUGGCUGUUUUUAUAUGAAUGUAUUAAGCAACGAUAUGGUGGUUAUGUGUUAA